AGAUGCAUUCGCACUGAUCCAAGUGGGUUGCAAACUUUCACGCUUGCACCUUCUCUUUCACACCCCGUUGCUUUGCAAAAGGCCGACGACUGAGCAAAACCUCAAUCGAGCUUGAUAUCUUGCCUGAUGCAGCGAAACCUGCGAUUUCAACGGCGCUCCCUCGCAAGCUUUGCGCAACUUGGCUGGAUGAGGAAUGUGCUUUCGACAUGGUGCCUCCUGGGGCUCAUCUUCCUACUCAGCGCUUGGAUACACAACUCAUCCGCUCGUCUGACUUUGCGCUAUAGCAUUCAGCCAAUCACGAUACCGUCGCCGCGCCUUGAUGGCGAGGCGCGAACGACGAACAGUCUACACAGGCGCGGUCUGAACGCGCAGCUGAAGAGGGUCUUUUCGAACAAGUGGUCAUCCACCUCUCCAGCAGCCUCGGAAUCCGCGAUGCCCAUCGAUGUCUCGCUCUAUAUUUCCCAAAACUUUCCGAGGCCAAGCGUUUACCUGCAAAGACAACUCAGCAAAGGCAGAUUUCGACCUGGCCAGCUCGACCCACCCGCGCAGAGAAAGUUUGCCGAAGACAUCUUGUCGCUCUCGCCCAAAGAUGCGAAGGAGGUUUCGCCGGGAAAGAGACUCGGCUUCAGCGUUAUGCCUGCGACGAAUAUGCUGCCUGCUAGCCAAGCUCAUGAGCUGCUCAAGGAGCCUAAACCUCUGCUUGCGACUGCUGCCGCUGGGGAGCUACCAAACUCUGGGCGAUUGAGUCGACAGCUCUCGUCAGGCGCCACCUCUGCAGCUCUUCAUCAACAAGCAGGUCGUGCUCCUAAGCCAGGCGUCUCGGCUUUCGAGAUGAAGCCAGCUGUGGAGGCCCCAAGCAAGACUGGCUUGACACAAAAGGUAUACAAGGCCUUUUCGCAGACGUAUAGGCGAGUGAAGAAGGUUCUCGGGGCGAGCAAGAAUUCGUCCAAGGGGGCGAGAUCGAACGGCUGCUCAGAUUCUAGCAAGUGCAAAAAGACGAUGACUGGCGAGGAAAGGUUUCCAGAGCUGGACAAGGACGUUCAUAUCCCAAUCACUCCAUCCGCAAGUCAUCGGUCUCCCUCGCCUUCGCCAUCUGUCAGUCCGUCCGAAGCAAAGUCCAACUUUUUCAACUUCAAACACAAGUCCAAUUCUGCCUCUUCGAGUGAUCAGAGUCCACGACAUCCCCAGCCGGACGUGAGCAGGUGGAAUUUCAAAUUCGCUAGCGGUGCACAACAUCGCCGUGGGAACAUGCAGAAGCAAAAGCAGGUGCACAAUGGUUGGACUAGUCCUUCUUCCUCAGACGACGAGGUCAGCAAAACAAAGAGUCAGAGCGAGACAAUCACCUUGAAGAACAAGGAUCGUGCCUCGCAAGGGAUCAGAUCCGAUCCUACGCGUCUAACUUUUCGUCCCACAUCGACGGCGCAAAGUCGAAGGACCAGAGCUGCAUCUGUUGGAAAUGUUGCUGAACUGAGGGAGAAAAGGAAAGAACCUCCGCUCACACUGCUUGUCAAGGGACCCGAUGGAUUGGGACAACGCUCCAGAUCGGUCAAUCGAGCGCAUACUGUGCGCACAGCUCACUUGACCGCUGCCUACUGAUGGCAAGCCAGGCAAGCAUGCCCACAGACGGUCUGGAAGCUGGUCUGC